AUGCUGAGGAGUAGUAAGGAGGCACUGGACAAGCAACGAAACAGUGGGUUGAGGCUAAUGGAACCGAAACAGAUUUUGAAACACUUGCAGAGCGGACGUUUGCUGCAUCCAAAUGACUUACUAUUGGCAGCAUCGAGUCAAGCGAACGCCGAUACAAAACAUUUUCAUGGUUCCAUUGCAUUGCACCCAUUGCAAAGAUUCACUGCUGAUGUAUUGACUAAUAAGUUACAUGCAAAGUCAUCAGCUUCGAAGUCACCAAUCGUACAAAAUGCUGACGAGGAAAGAUUACGGCAACUGAGAACUGCAUUGAAUCGAGCCAAUCAUCUGGGUUGGAUUUGGUGA